UGGUUUUCGGGUUUUGUGUGGUCAAAGAGGCUCAACCAUUUGAAAGAAAAGCUCACUAUUUGGAACAAGGAAACUUUUGGGAGGGUGGACAGGAUAUCUGAAUCUCUUCUUGCGGAUAUUAAGUGGCUAGACCAACAAGAUGAUGACAGGGUUAUUACUUCCUCCCAAUUAAGCAUGAGAUCUCAGCUAAAUCUCAAAUAUGAGACUGUCCAAGAUAAGUUACAUGCACUUUUGCUCCAGAAGUCGAGGGUUCAAUGGUACAAGGAUGGGGACAGAAAUUCUAAGAUGUUCCACCGGAUAGCUAAGCAUCGUCGGAGGAGAAAUAGGGUAACCAGACUAAAAAUUAACUAUACUUGGGAAGACGACAGGAGCAUGAUUAAGGACCACAUUGUUUCGCACUUCCACUGCAGAUUCAAAUCUUCUAGUGAUCCCUGUUUUUCUCUUGCUGGUAUGAAUUUUAAGCGAAUCUCAGAGGAAGAAGGGUUGGGAAUCGAAAGAAGCAUUGAUGUUGAGGAGGUGUUUCUGGCCCUGCAAGACCUCAAACAAAGCAGAGCUCCAGGCCCUGAUGGGUUUCAUGUUAGUGUGAUUCUAAAGUGUUGGAAGUUUAUGAAGAACGACAUCAUGCGUGUAGUCAAAGACUUUGAAGAUCACGGAUCCGUUGAUUGCAGACUUAAAUACACAUUUGUAUCUUUGAUUCCUAAGACAGAAACAGUGGAGGAAGUAAAGAAUUUAAGGCCUAUCUCUCUAUCCAAUACAAUCUUUAAGCUGAUUUCUAAAGUCUUAGCAAAUAGACUCAAAGAGCUUUUGCCGAAGCUUAUCUCCAAUCAUCAAUCUUCCUUUUGAAAGGUAGGCAAAUCCUUGACAGCAUUUUGAUUGCCAAUGAAUGCUUGGACUCGAGGUUGAAAUCUAAAAUUCCGUGGCUCGUGUGCAAAAUCGAUUUAGAAAAGGCCUUCGACAACGUAAAAUGGUCUUUCGUCGAUGAAGUUCUUAACCGUAUGGGGUUUGGUUUGAAGUGGAGAAAGUGGAUCGGGGGAUGCAUUCGUAAAAUCCCUUUCUCGGUGCUGAUUAAUGGGACUUCUUGUGGUAAAUUUACAAGUGAGAAAGGUCUCCGACAAGGCGACCCUGUUUCUCCAUUCGUAUUCCUUCUUGUCUCUGAGGUGCUAUCGAUGAUGUUUGCGAAGUCUACAGAAGUUGGUUGGCUUGGAGGAUUCUCUGUGAAGCAAAACGGGACAAAAUUAAGUCAUCUUCAGUUCGCCGACGACACCCUAGUCUUUCUCGAUGCAGAUAUUAGACAAGUUCAGUAUCUGAAAUACACUCUGCUUAGCUUUGAAAUGGCUUCUGGGCUUUCUACCAACUUCCAAAAAAGCAAUCUGUUUGCUGUGGGCGAGGUGGAGGAUUUGGAUACUCUGGCUGCAGUGAUGGGGUGCUCGUUUGAAGGGUUUCCUGUUAUCUACUUGGGUCUGCCUCUUGGAGACAAGACUAAUACAAUAUCGAAAUGGGACAAGGUCUUAGAAAUCUGCGGGGUGAGACUUGCGUCGUGGAAAAGAGGCCUUUCUAAAGCAGGUAAACUUACUCUCAUCAAGAGUGUCUUACUUAGCAUCCCAGUGUAUUAUUUCUCCUUAUUCAUGGCUCCUCAAUCUGUUAUUAAACAAAUUGAAAAAUCAAUCAGAGAUUUCCUUUGGCAUGAUGGGGAUAAUGGUAAGAAACAUUAUUGGGUUAACUGGGGAAAGGUCGGCGAGCCUUUGGAUCAUGGUGGAUUGGGGAUACGCAGGCUUAAACUUAUGAAUAAAUCUAUUCUUUCUAAAUGGUGUUGGCGUUUAGGGAGGGAGAGAGACUCUCUAUGGCUAAUAUUAUCUUUGAGAAACAUGGGUUACUUGACCUUGGGUGGAGAACUAGAAAGCCUACGACUACCCAUGGAGUUAGUUUAUGGAAGAACAUAGAUUUGAUGUCUUCAAGUUUCUUUGAGCAGUGUAUCUUCAAAGUGGGUAAAGUUGAUAAAAUUCGUCUCUGGGAAGACAAUUGGCACUCUCAAGGCUCAAUGGCCGAGCUAUGUCCUCGUUUAUACGAUCUCUCUUCUUCCAAGGGUAUUUCACUCACAAGGGCUUACUCUCUUAAUUCUUCGGGUUUAAAUUGGAAUCUUGGCAUUGGUAGAAGCCGUUUGUACGAGGUCGAAAUUACUGAAUUCGCAACUUCAACAGCUUGCUUGGAUUCCAUUCACUUCGAGCCACACGAGGAAGACGAGUUGCUGUGGCAAGAAGACAAGUCAGGUCAGUACUCGGUUAAAGCAGCCUACAAUUUAGCUGCUGUUCAGCAUCCGGUGAAUUUCUUUCGGAAGAAGAAAAUUUGGUCUAGUUGCUGGCCCCAGAAAAUUUCAUUCUUUUUAUAGCAGGCUACUUUAGAUAGGCUUCCAACUCUAGAUAAUCUUCACAAGAGGAAAAGCGCAUUGGUGUCCCCGAGUGGCAAUCCUAUCCCUAACCUUUGUAUACUGUGCAAGCAGCAUGAAGAAUCUUCAAGCCAUAUGUUCUUUAAUUGCUCCUUCUCGAAACAGGUUUGGACUUUCUUAUUUGAUGCAGCCAAUAAAGUCUUUAUACCUCCUGAUUCUGUCCUGGAUUGUAUCAAGCGUUGGCAAAACUUUAAAUUGUCUGCUCAUGGAGAUCAGCUUUGAAAAAGGAUCUACGCUAGUGUUUUUUGGUGUCUUUGGUUGGAGAGAAACGAUAGAACAUUUCAUAAGAAGGAAAAGAAUACUGCUGCCAUCAUUUUGGAAGCUAAAAUUAAAGCCUUCUCUUGGGCUUCGUCUCUACCGUGCUUUAGUAACACUCCGUUAGACGAUAUCAUUGUUAAUUGGAAUAAGUUUUUUUAUCCCCAUUAGGGGUUUCUCUUUUUUUUUUAUAGUUCUGUUUUGCGAUCCUCUUGGAUUGCCUGUCGUGGCUAUUUAGUCAUGCUCUCCUUUUCUGCUCCGCUCCUUG